GAUUUGAGGGAUGGGUGCCCGCCCAGCUGGUAAUCGAUUGUGCGACCACUGGAAGUGGGUGCUUAUCUGGGCGACCUCGCUGGGCUGUCAGGUCAGUGGGUGGUCGCGUGAGUCAAUCAGUGCCAAUCGGGCGCAAGCUCGACCACAGCAGCUUACUACUGCACAAGAUAGGCCGCCAGUGACGACACCUUUGAACAACCAAGGCCAGGGUUGGGUCGCGCUUGCUCGGUAGCGUCCCACACCCGCUGAUACCUCGUAGCUGAUACUAGAUAGAUAGACUAGGGCUUCCCGGCUGCUCGCUGGCCGCAUGCACCUGAUAACGAGCGAGAUCCAGCCAAGAAGACCAAGCAGCUCAUUCAGCUCGCUUCCGCCGCCAGUCACCAGGCCCUGUUCAUUCAUUCCUGUCGUGCAGACUGUACUGCAUACAUAAAUAAGAGCGCGUCACCAAACUUGUUCGCGUCGUCCCAUUUUCGUCUGUUGGUUUCGUAGCACCACCCAACCCAACAACCAGUUGUACUCCUGUCCCUCAAAACAACUUCCCCCCGGUCCCCCUGCCCGCGCGAACAAUGGCGUCGGAUGCCGCUUCCAUAGCCAGCGGCCCUGCCGCCCGCACCGGCGCACGCCGCUCUGUCGACGCCAACGCCGACGAUGCCCUCGCAAAGAUGGGUUACAAGGCCGAGCUGCCGCGCAGUCUCAGCAUGCUUUCGGUUCUUGGUCUCUCCUUCGCCAUCAUGGCCGUGCCAUACGGUCUCAGCACUACCUUCUACAUCAGUCUCGCCAACGGCCAGUCAGUAACCAUCAUCUGGGGCUGGGUCCUCCUGUCGCUCAUUUCAACUGCCAUCGCCGCUUCGCUCGCCGAGAUCUGCUCCGUCUACCCUACCGCCGGUGGCGUCUACUACUGGGCCGCACUGCUCGCCUCGCCUGAAUGGGCUCCCAUUGCUAGUUGGGUCACCGGCUGGCUGACUCUCGUCGGCAACUGGACCGUAACACUUUCCAUCAACUUUGGCGGCGCUCAGCUCAUCCUCAGUGCCAUCUCGCUAUGGAACGAGGACUACGUGGCAACGCCGUGGCAGACCAUUCUCAUGUUCUGGGCCACCAUGAUGCUGUGCUACCUCAUCAACGUCUUCGGAUCCAAGUACCUCGACCAGAUCAACACGCUCUGCAUCUACUGGACAGGUGCCUCCAUCGUUAUCAUCCUCAUCGUCUUGCUGGCCAUGGCGCCCAACAAGCGCGACGGUGAAUUCGUUUUUACGCACUACGACGCCUCGGCUUCGGGUUGGCCAUCGGGCUGGUCCUUCUUCGUUGGCCUCUUGCAGCCGGCCUACGUGCUGACGGGCUAUGGCAUGGUGGCUUCCAUGUGCGAGGAGGUUCAGUCGCCCGAGCGUGAGGUGCCCAAGGCAAUCGUGCUCUCCGUUGUUGCCGCCGGUAUCACGGGUCUUGUCUACCUCAUCCCCGUCCUCUUCGUGCUGCCCGACGUUUCGGUCCUCCUCGCCAUUGCCAAUGGCCAGCCCAUUGGCUAUGUCUUCAAGCAGGCCACUGGCAGCGCCGCCGGCGGCUUCGGUCUUCUCUUCCUCAUCCUCGGCAUCUGGCUCUUCGCCGGCGUCGGUGCCCUGACUGCUUCUAGCCGCUGCACCUACGCUUUUGCCCGUGACGGUGCCAUCCCCGGUUCCAGCCUCUGGAGUCGCGUCGACCACCGCUUCGGCCUGCCCCUCUGGGCCCUGACUCUCUCCACCAUCAUCGACUGCCUGUUGGGCCUCAUCUACUUCGGCUCCUCGGCCGCCUUCAGCAGCUUCACUGGUGUCGCCACCAUCUGCCUGUCGACUUCCUACGGCCUGCCCAUCCUCGUGUCCCUCUUCCAAGGGCGUCGUCACCUUGCCCACGCCAGCUACUCCCUCGGACGCUUCGGCUUCAUCAUCAACGUCACCACCCUCCUCUGGAUCGUCCUGGCCAUCGUGCUGUUCUGCAUGCCGACCAACCUGACCGGCCUUGACGCCAGCACCAUGAACUACGCCAGCGUUGUGUUUGCUGGCUUCGCCCUCAUUAGCCUCGUGUGGUACUUUGCCUGGGGCCGGAAGCACUUCUCGGGCCCGCCGAUUCUGUCGAGCGCAGCCGCCGAUGGCGAUGUUGGUGUUGUUCGCGGCCAGGCGGUCGAUAUCGAGUCCCCAAAAGAUGAGAAGCUCAGCAAGUCGGCCUCCCCGGACAGGGAGUAAUACUGCCGCGUCUUGGUCUGAGCAGAAAAAAAGAAAGAUACCCCAUUUGCAUGUUGUAAUUUGUAUAACAUAGAAUAGAUUAAAUCUUUUUGCAUAAGCCAAAAUACCAUUAAUAUUUGGCUCACCAG